AUGCUGUGCAAUCCAACAGGCAAGGCACAUGCCUUUCGUGCUGUUGAUUGGCUGGUCGAACGAAACAACUUGUAUACCAAAGUCAUUUAUUCUGGAACAGGUCUGAACUGCACCAUCGAUCAUAUCAUUAACGAGUCGCCUUUGAUUGAAGUAUACUGGAACUGCCAUGUUACAAUUGAGAAUGCUUUUCAUCUUUCACAGUGUACCAUUCGACAUGCCCCUCCCAACAUGACAAAAACUUAUCCAUCGAAUGGACGGACUACAAAGCACGUCAUUGACGAUAAGCUCGCUGAUGGUGUUAUGCUGCUGCAGAAGGGGGCAGGCUUAUUACCUGGAAAUGAAGAUGACAAGGCUGCUCAGAUUGAAGCUGAUGACUUGUGGGAGAAUUGA